AUCCACCACGUCGAAUCGAUCAUUCAUUACAGCAGUACUUAUUGUACGCUCUCAACAACGUAUUACGAAUACAACGAUGUGCGCUCCUGGGGAUCCUGCAACAAAGUACGAAUGCCGGUUGUGUGGGAGCAACUACUCACGCUUAGAGUACCUCAAGCGACACGAGAGGAAACACCAGGACAUCCGCCCCUUCAAAUGUCCCAAAUGUGCAAAGGAGUUUGCGCGGUCUGACGUACUCCUUCGUCAUCGACGUAGGCAGCAUCCGGACGACCCCACUCUGCCCCCCGUGCAGACACACAACACUAGCGGCACGGGGACCCCCCCUGUUCCAUCCCCUACUUCUCCCACCGCUCCACGCAGGAGAAGGCGUGCGACGACGAAUGGCUCUUCUUCCUCCAACUCGCGGGUGUCACCGCCUCUCCCCCCGCUAGGAGUGAACACCCAGGUUCAACCAGUGACCUCCCAGUCGAGCGGAGUCACGGCUAGUUCAGGUCCGACUCUAAGUCCCGACCUCCCAAGUCCACUCGAAGGCAUCCUGCACUCAAACUCCUUUCCUCUCGUCCCCCCCUUUCAGCUCUCUUCGCCCGCAGCUGCAAUAGCAUCAGGCAGCAUUUCCCCCGAAGUACUGCAGCAUAUAUGGCCCGAAGCGUUCAGCGCUAAUGGCCUACGAUACGGUACUGGCGCCAGUGGAGAGUAUGAGCAAGAUGAGUAUGGUUUCCGCACGACGACGAAUGCGAAUCGCUAUGUCAGUUCAGCGCAGAGUUGGGCAGAUGCAGCGGGCUUUGGUCAGGGUGCGGGGAACGCCAUCGCUGCGGCGGCAGCGAUGGGAUCUGCACAAAGUACGAGUUCGCACUCGCCAGGAUCGACCAAUCUAUUUCCUUCUCCAUCUUUGCUCUCCGAUCCAGCGCUCGCCACCAGCCCUCCGACAAGCGUAAGCAUCUCCCCUCCGCCAGGUACGUCGCCCAAUGAUGGUGCGGGUGUGCCGCUGGAAGCUGUCCUUUCGGGAGGAUACGAAGAUGUAUGCAUGUCGGAUGUCGAGCUCUCUGCUGGUGAGGCGAGCGACCACGAUCCCCUUGCCGGAACCGGGGAGCUCCCAUUACAGCAUCAGCAGGAACAAAUCGCUCAAGCUCAAGCUGCCGUCAAUGCGCAAGCCGCAGCCGCCCACUCCGCCCCUUCACCAGAUACGCAGCAAGCAGCCGUUGCUGCAUAUCUCCAGGGCACCUCUUCCAGAGACCGCGACGCCUUCCUAGCAGAGCAGACAAUGCUCAAGAUCGACGGGUCGCGCAUGGAGCUCAUUCGCGGCGUAUGCAACCGGGACCCGACAGACAGGUUCUAUGUUCCACCAGGAUUCUUUGCCUACUGCUACCAAGUGCCUCGGUGGAAAUUGCCUCGACUGAGCAUCCUCUGCUCCCUUGCUAGCAGGAGCUUGAACGGGAUGCUUGUCCACCUUCCUUUCGUGCACGAGCCUACGUUCCGCCUUGCCUCCCUUCCUGGUCCUCUCGCGUUCGCUAUAUGCUCCGUCGGCGGUGUGGGAGGUGUGAUGUCCGUCCGACCACACAAGCCAGACUUCAACGAAGUCGCUUCCUGGGGCCAGGAGAUCAUGCCCCAGGUGAGGAUUGAGAAAGCGGAUAUGUUGGUGCGGAACUUCCACAAGCAGAAGAGGGGGAUGACUAGGCUCGAGAUGCUCGCCGUCGUGCAGGCGUUGAUGCUGUACAACGCGCCUAGCUUGAUGAGCGGGGAUGAUUGUGAUCGGUUGGUAGGCCACUUGUUCCUCGGCACGAUUGUCACCAUCGCCCGCCAAGCAGGGCUCUUCGUCGCCACCGCCGAGCAUGCAUCAAAUGCUGCCUACUCGUGUGAACACAUCACAUGGCUUCUCGAGCCGGGGAACGAUGCCGCCCUCGAGCGGAAAUGGAAAGACUGGAUCCUCUCUGAGACUUAUCGGCGCGCAGCAUUCCUGGUGUAUAUCCUCGAUACGCUGUCUUCACUCGAGAGCUCGAUCCCGGCUAUCGUACACCCUAAUCAUGUGGCGCAUAUCCCGCUGCCUGCGCCUGACCUCCUCUGGCAGGCGCAGAGCGCGCGUGAGUGGGGCGUAGGGAUGACAGUGCACCAUUCAGCCCAGGGCGUCUCCCUAGAUCAAGCGAUGAAAGACGUUCUCCGGCCGGUAGCGUCCCACUCCCCUCUGGGCGACGAAAGUGCAGGCACGAGCGCAGCGGACGACGCCAAGUUCACGGAGAUGGGACCAUUCGCGAGGAUAAUCGUCAUACUUACGCUUGUAAGGGGGUUGAUGACUCUCGGGGAAGGAGAGAAGGCGGGUGGGCCGGUGACGAAGCGCUGGGCUUUGGAGGGUAUGACCAGUGGGAAAUGGUGGAAUGAGCCUGAGGUGCUGGAGGCGUACCAGUCGGCGUUGCAGAGAUGGAAAAAACGCUGGUCAGCAGAUAGGCUCUGCCCACAUCCUUUCACGACGGCGACCGCGAGGUAUUCGGACCUUCCGGAAGGGUUGGACUUGGACGAGCCUCUCCCAUCGCCGCUCGACCCCAGGCCUGCUCCGCCUCAUCGUUCAUCCUCCAACAGCACUGCUACACCGACUACUCCCGGCGGGGGGGCAACAGGCACAACGUUGAGCAACCUGAGCUCUAACCAGAGCCCGCAAUACGCGCUUGUCAACCACGCUUCGCCCUACUACUGGUUCGCCCAAAUGCUUAUAAGCAUCAUCCGCGCGCAUAUUGCUGCACAGGACCCUGCAAGUGUAGGCGCGAACGUGGACGACGAGCAAGAUGAUCAGGCUACUGCGGGGAUGAGGAACGAUGACCAGGCUGUGCCAAAUCGGUUUGUGGGCACAGACCUUAGAAGGAUGCUUUUCGUCGCGAGGGAAUAUGGGAUGCAACAUGCGCCUUGAGCCCGGCCUGAGAGGCCUUGACAACCCAGCGAGAAAGUGUACGAGUGUAAUUUGGCGCUGGUGAGCUUUGGGCUCUGCGUCACCGGAGGCGACUACGCGUUGCCUGCCUCUUUGAUAUCAGAGGGGAAGUGCUGCCCUGUGUGCGCACGAGCUGCUCUUAGGAGCUGGCGCCCCGUUCCCCUCCUCCUCCCUUGUUCUCGAUCGAUCGAUUUUCAUCUCUUUUCCUCGGUGGUUGACGUGUUUGACCCGAAGAAGAAAGUAAAGCGAAGUGAAGGACGCGUUGUUACGGCAUUGGGCGGAGAUGUCCCUCAUUGGGACGGGGUAGCAGACUUACAAAUUGGCCUUUGGCAUCCGGCAUUUGGCCGAUGAGAGAUAUGU